AUCACCGGAAGUACGUCCAACAACAAAAAUCUGAAACCGAAAAACAAAUCGAUGUCAAUUUAAUCCACAUUUUAGGACACUAACCUAUAAAUAAUGUAGACUGUACUUCAUUAAUUGAAAAUGAAGUAACAUUGACUGCAAUGACCACUGUAAAUAAUGUACAAGGUGCACACAUUUCACCUUGGAGACGAUGCGGGUUGUGUUUGGUAGACUUUAAAUCUUCCAAAGACUUUUGUCGUCAUUUGCGUCAAAGCCAUUGUACAAAAGAAGGAGGAUCAUAUGUUUGUAGAUAUGGAGCAAAUAAUAUAUGUCCAUCACUACCUUUAGAGGGUGUCAGUGAUAUGGACUACGAAAAUCAUAUAACAAGAGACCAUGCAGGAAAGCACUUGCAUGCACAUGGUAGGAAUAGAAGUCUUGAACAUAAUGAAGCCUCACCACCUCCUUCAGCAACAGAUAACGCUCCAUCAGUUGUACAGGAUCAGUUAAGAUGGACAGUAUACAAUGCUACAGUUAACUUACCAGCAGCAUUAAAUGACCCCAAUAGAACAAAGAGAGAGACUGAUUUCUUCACUAAAACCUGGGGCCAAGAUUUUUAUGAGCAUUCACAUAUUCCACAAUCAUCUUAUAUACCAGAUAUCAAUAGAAAAUAUUUUGAGAAAUAUAAAAAUAGGAUUUCAAAACGAUACAAGAAGUACAUCAGAAGUACAAGUAAUUCUGAUUCUGUUAGUGGAGAAACAUACCUCCAUCAGUUAGAAAAAAGUAGAUCAGAAUUGCAAGAAAUUCCAAAGCUUUACCUGUUACAGAAUUUUGAUUUGGAGCACACAGAUACAUUUAAUUCUGUGUUUCCGUGGUCUAUGAUUGAAGAUUCUAAAAAGUCUUCACCUGGGCAUCAGUCUUCAAAGUUACUGCAAGAAAAGCUAAGUCAUUAUUUAGAUAUAAUAGAAGUUCAUAUAGCCAGACAGAUAUCUACUAAGUCUGAUGCAUUCUUCCAAGCUAUGUCAUCUCAUGAUAAACUACAGGAAGAUAUGAUGAAAACAUGUCAGUCUAUCAAACAACUCAGGCAUAAAGUACAGCAGAUUGAUGAAGUGUUAGCCAAAGGAUCACUUAAAGUAAUUAAAUUACAGCAGGCAAGACGUAAUCAUAUAAAUUUGUAUGAUAAGUUGAAGAUGAUGGCUACAGUACACCAAACCCAGCCUACAAUCCAGUUAUUGUUAUCUACUAAUGAGUUUGUAGGAGCCUUAGAUUUAAUAUCCACUACACAAGAAGUGCUAUCACAAGAACUUCCUGGGGUCCAUAGUUUUAGGCAUUUGGGAUCACAGUUAGCAGAAAUGGAAAAUCUUAUAGAGAAAAUGUUACAAGAAGACUUUGCUAAAUGUAUAUCAUCAGAUUUAAAUAGACCAGUCACAGAUACCAUUCCAUUGUUAGAGGAGGAAAAGUUAGUGUCUUUAGUAUUUGGUAUGAUUAGGAAAGACAAGUUUAAUUUUGUUGACAUGUAUAGAGAAGAGGCCUUUACAGCUAUCAGAGCCUGUGUAAAACAGACUGUGGUAGAAGCUGUUUCAGAGGCAGAUAAUGUAGAAACUUCAGAUGACAAUGUUACUAGUCUUGGAGACCAAAUGAGAAUGCUGGAUUAUAAACAGUGGAUGGAGUUACUCUGUAAAAUAUUCUCUAAUCUCCUUAUACUGUUAAAGAGAGGACAGACAUUCCAAGGUGUGAUAGGUGAUGUGAUAGGGAUCACAGCUGGUAGAACCAAGGCCCCUAGUCCUGUCUCAACUCCCACAGAAGAUAAAGAAUGUACCCUAGAGGAACCUUCACAUCUGCAUGUUUCUGUGAGUGAGGAUGCAGCAGAUAUGUUGAUAUCAGAUGAUGAUUAUUCCAGAGUACAAAGUAGUCUUUGUGAUAUGAUGUAUGCUAUCUGUGAUCAUGCACAUGACCGAUGUGUCAAGGUCAUAGUAGCAAGGUCAAAGGAUGGAUUUUUAGAGAGAUUAUCUUCUACUGAAUUUGUUCAGUUAUCCAGAACUGUAGAAAACUUCGUAACUGAUUGUGAAUUUACCUGUGGUAGGAGGAGUACAUCAUUACGGCUUAGUUUACAGUCUCAGGCAACAAAGUUUGUAAACAGAUUCCAUGAAGAAAGAAGACAAAAGUUAAGUUUGAUAUUAGACAAUGAAAGAUGGAAGCAAGCAGAUGUUCCUGCAGAGUUCCAAGAAUUAGUGGACCAUAUUACAAAAUCAGGAACUAUCUGCAUUCCUGAGAGAACACAAGAUAAAGACAAAAAACCUUCUGAAUCACUGAAAGUAGAAGAACAAAACUUUACUGUUGUUGGGACUGUGUUACUGUUGUUAAAGAUGAUGGUAGAAUAUUGUCAGUGUGUAGAUGACAUUCCAUCGGCUGCUCCAGAUUUACUCACAAGACUUGUAGAUUUAUUAAAAAUUUUUAACUCCAGAACUUGUCAGUUAGUAUUAGGUGCUGGUGCAUUGCAGUUGGUAGGACUAAAGACAAUCUCCACUAGAAAUUUAGCCUUGGCUUCAAGAUGUUUGCAGCUCAUAGUAUAUUUUAUGCCCAAAGUCAGACAGCAUUUUGAAGACAGGCUUAUUUCUAAGAAUAAAACCAUGUUAAAACAUUUAGACCAAGCAAAUAAGGAUUAUAAUGACCAUAUCAAUGAGAUUACAAAUAAACUAGUCAGUGUGAUGGAGAGUGUUAUACAAGCCCAGCUAGUCAGGUGGGAGGUGAAAGCACCAAUGCCUUCACAAUGUUUUAGAGCAAUAUGUAAACAGAUUAGUAAAAUGCAUGAAGCUGUGAUAGAUAUAUUACCAUUAAAUCAAAUCCAGGAUUUGUUCUCUAGAAUAAAUUCAUCUUUUAAAGACUUGUUACGUCAACAACUGUUAAAGUUAGAAGUUACCAAUAAUGGAGGUCCACAAUAUGGGUUAGUGACUUCAGAUGUAGCAUUUUAUUCAGGAACUUAUAAAACCUUACGAGGAUUGGAACAUUUAUGUAACAAUAUGUCAGAUUUGUGGAAUGGAUUAUAAUGAAG